AAACAGACUGCAGUAUCAGGCCCCGCCCCUUUUCGUUGACGGCAAAAUGGCGACGGAGCACUGUGAUGCUGUGAACAUGGACCCUGACAUGGAAAUGCUCAGUGACGAAGAAAUGGAAAGGGAGGCGGAGGGCUUCAAAGAACAAGGCAAUGCUUUUUAUAUUAAGAAGGAUUAUGCAGAGGCAUUCAACUACUACACCAAGGCCAUAGACAUGUGCCCGAAGAAUGCAAGUUACUAUGGUAACCGAGCAGCAACACUAAUGAUGUUGUGUCGAUACAGAGAGGCUUUAGAGGAUUCCCAGCAAGCAGUACGACUAGACAACAGUUUCACAAAGGGCCAUCUGCGAGAGGGCAAGUGCCACCUGUCCCUUGGCAAUGCUAUGGCUGCCAGUCGAUGUUUCCAGAGGGUUUUGGAGAUGGAGUCUGACAACAGCCAGGCACAGCAGGAGUUGAAGAAUGCAGAGUCCAUCCUUGAAUAUGAGAGAAUGGCAGAGAUUGGAUUUGAGAAGCGAGACUUCAGAAUGGUUGUCUUUUGCAUGGAUCGUGCCUUGGAGUCUGCCACAGCCUGUCACAGAUUUAAGAUCCUGAAGGCAGAAUGUUUAGCUCUGCUGGGACGCUACCCUGAGGCUCAGUCAGUAGCCAGUGACAUUCUUCGAAUGGACUCCACUAAUGCGGAUGCACUGUACGUGCGUGGUCUAUGUCUGUACUAUGAGGACUGCAUUGACAAGGCUGUCCAGUUCUUUGUCCAGGCCCUGCGUAUGGCUCCUGACCACGACAAGGCUCGGCUUGCAUGCAGAAAUGCCAAAGCACUGAAAGCCAAGAAGGAGGAGGGGAACAAGUCAUUUAAGGAGGGAAACUUUGAGGCAGCCUAUGAGUUAUACUCUGAAGCUCUAACAAUAGACCCCAACAACAUCAAGACUAAUGCAAAGCUGUACUGUAAUAGAGCCACUGUUGGAUCUAAGCUGAAGAAACUAGAACAGGCCAUCGAAGACUGCACGAAGGCCAUUAAACUGGAUGAGACCUACAUCAAGGCCUAUUUACGGAGAGCACAGUGUUACAUGGACACAGAACAAUAUGAGGAGGCAGUUCGAGACUAUGAGAAGGUUUACCAGACAGAGAAGACAAAAGAACACAAGCACCUCCUGAAGAAUGCUCAGUUGGAGUUGAAGAAAAGCAAACGGAAAGAUUACUACAAAGUGCUCGGGGUGGAUAAGAACGCCACAGAAGAUGAAAUCAAGAAAGCUUACCGCAAAAGAGCCCUUUUACAUCACCCAGAUCGUCACAGUGGAGCUAGUCCUGAAGUUCAGAAGGAAGAGGAGAAGAAGUUUAAGGAGGUGGGCGAGGCUUUCAGCGUGCUGUCAGACCCAAAGAAGAAGUCUCGCUACGACAGCGGACAGGAUCUAGAGGAUGACGGCAUGAACAUGGGAGACUUUGAUGCCAACAACAUUUUCAAGGCGUUCUUUGGAGGCCCAGGUGGAUUUAGUUUUGAAGCGUCUGGACCAGGAAAUUUCUUCUUCCAGUUCGGUUAAUUGUUGGAUUCUUCUCCGUAAACAGUUAAAACAUCAGGACUCUUCAACAAUGUCAACCCCCCGACCCACCAUCUGUAUUUAAUGACUGACCGAGUACGAGUCAGAUUCUUGUCUAUGCCAUUGACUGAAUGAAUGCAACCCAAUGACCACACGCAGCAAAUGAUUUAAUGCCCGUUUAGCAAGAACCCGCAGAGUCGAUACUGUUUCUGGUUUUGGAUUAGGUUCUCUUCUCUCAGAAUGAAACAAACUUGAAAGUCAAUCAUGGCUCGCUACACUGGUCCAACUCUUCUUAGAUUUGUGAGAAAGGAAAGGAGAGAUUUUUGCAGCUAUUGUGUCAGAGCAUUUUAGGGAUCCUUGCAGGAAGUUACAUCCCGGUAAGUUGCAUCUUGAGAUGAAACUGAGCAAUGAGCAAGCUAUUAUCUGGCUCUUGUCAACUUACUGCUGAAGUGGUAUGCAUGAAAGUUACUACCUUGCUUAAUGAUUUCUGAAGGAAGUCACUGAGCAAGUGGCCCCUCCCCCUCUUUGAAGAAUCCGUCAGGCACACUGGCUGACGGCUGGCUGCUACAAAUUCGCACUGAUAAUGCCUCCUUGUCAUAAGCCAAUAGGAGAACUUGAACAUUUUUUAAAUUCACAACAGCUGGAGCUAGACUUAUCCAUAGAGAACAGCCGAAGCACACCGCAGAAGGUUGCUGUGGCGACGCUGCACCGGCUCCGUCGCCCUUCCUCUCGUUGUCACAAGUUUUAUGUUUGAUGUUGCCAUUCACAGAUUGCUGCAUUGUACAUUUUACUGGAAUGUAAAGUGUUGAUUUGUGAUGAUAGUUCAUUAUGUUUCCAUUUUUUUUUAAUUUUGAUAUGUAUAUUUAUUGUAAAUUUGCUGUCUGAUAGAACAUCAAUGUAAAAUGAGGACGCUCUCCUGGUAUGAAGGGUUUAAACAGAAGCACCGAUAACAAACACGUUUUUGACACAAACUCAGGAAGGUGAUCGUUUCGUUUUGUUUGCAUCAAAAUAUUCGCAGACAAAAGAGUAUGCGCCACAUGCCACCUGACAAUGAUGAGAAGGAAUUUUAUCGAAGACCACAGGUAGGGGUAGAUUUUGCGUUUUAGGAAUUUGGGCCCUGUGUAAGAAUCAUAACUUGGUAAUGUUUAACUACUUCCUGAUGAUUGUGUUCUUUGGUGCACCUCCAGUAAAAUCCAGGAAAGUGUCCUCAUCUUUUGCUCAGUUUUUGCUCUUACGGUGGAACCAUCCUCUCUUUAACCUUAUGAAGUACCAGCCGUGUCAAUAAAGUUGGCUUCCUCUGGGU